UUUGUGUUCACGGUAUCACAGUUGAACGAAAAAUAAAAUACUGACUAGGGUUUUUGAACUGAUAAUGGAAAUUCUAUUGAGGUUGCCGGUGAAGACUGUAUUACGUUGCAGGUGCGUCUGUAAGUCAUGGCUUUCUCUUAUCUCUGAUCCCAAUUUCGCAACUUCACAUUUUCAAUUUGCCCUCUCACCGCCUACCCAUAAACUUGUGUUCCUGGAAAAAUUUCCUGAUGCUCCUGAAAUCAUAUCCAUAAAUUUUGAUGCAUCACUUAACGAUGAUUCAUCAUAUUCUUCUUUAAGCCUUGAUUUUUUUAGUUUCCAAUCUUGUUGUGAAAUUAUUGGUUCUUGUAGAGGCUUUCUGUUUUUGCACUGUAACAUAUACUUCUACCUAUGGAAUCCAUCCACGGGUGUGAACAAAAACAUACCUGCUUCACCUAUAACUAUUUACUCCAAUGAUCAUCUUUUCAUCACGCAUUUAUAUGGCUUCGGAUACGACCCAUCAACAGAUGAUUACUUAGUAGUUUUUGGGUUCUACGAAUAUCAUGAUCCGGCUGACAGUUCUAUUGACUUAGCGAUUUUCUCAUUGAGAGCUAAUAAGUGGAAGCAAAUUGAGUCUGGUUCUCAUUUUCCUUAUAAGAUUUUUCCUAAAGGUGGAUAUGAUCCUAGAGCAGGGUUGCUCUUGAAUGAGACUAUCCAUUGGUUGGUUUAUAAUUGCGAGACUUCAAGGUAUGCUAUUAUUGCCUUUGAUUUAAAGGAAACCAGAAUGUCAGAGAUAGCUCUGCCGGAUGAAUUUAUUUUCAGUCUUACUAACACUUCUUUCAUAGAGUAUGAUUUGUUGGUACUUGGAGGACUUAUUAGUGUGUGGAAUGUGGAGAAGUACACAAUUGAGAUAUGGGUCAUGCAAGAAUACAAAGUGCAUUCAUCUUGGACUAAGACCCUUAAUUUUUCUUUUUUUCCUGCUCCUGAUUUUUCGCCAUUAUGCUUUACAAAGUGUGGCGAUAUAGUUGGAACAGUUCGUGGUGGUGGAUUAGUCAAGCUAAAUGACAAAGGAUUGCUGCUAGAGCAUCACGCUUAUGGUAACUAUUACUUCAACAGAUCCCAAAUGACUUUAUAUACAGAGUCUCUGCUUUCACUCCCUAGUGGCACUUGAUAACAAACAAGAAUAUUAUUAUGAAAUAUUUGCAUUCGUCAUUUUUUUGAUGAUAUUUAUAUCAUGUAUUAUCAACUCUUGGUAUCACAAAGCAGGAGAAGUGAUAGGCAGAAUAGUGAAACUGCAUGAAGACAUAACAUGAUUGUGAGUAGAGUUGGUACAUGAACUUCAUCAUCUUUAUGUUAUUUCAUCAUUAUGUUCUCUCUUUUUGCAUAAUUUAAUCUUAGCAAUUUGUUUACUUCCAUUGUUCCCCCAUAAUAAUGAGUUUCCUUCCAUUC